AGAAAUUUUUGAAUGACUAAACAUACAAUAUUUUAUACUAGAGAAAUAUUCAGUAGGUCGUCACAGUCGUAUUUAGAGCGUCAAGUGUGACAUUAUUUAAGAGGACGCAGUGGAAUGAGGCCAAGGUGGAAAGUGAAAAAUUAUGUAAUGGUUUAGAUCGCCAAAAACACCGUAAUUUACGAAAAUCUGAAAACCAGCUUCCAAAUAACGUUAAAAAAUUUGUUGCUUAUUUGAUGUGGUCGGCUAUGACGACAAACAGUCCUUGUGCUACCAAGUCUACGGCAAAUGUGAGAAUACUCGCUGCAUCCGGUAACAUCGCUGUCCUGUUGACAUGACAAGACGCUUGUGGUAAAUUGUAGGUUAUAAACGCUGCAGUUUGCGAUUGUUGUGCUUUAAAUCACAUCAUUCGAAGUAUGUCAAUGUAUAGUGAUUUUGUGCGGUAAUAACGUUGAUCGUACCCGAUUAUAGUGUUUCCUUGAACUAGUAUUCUCGCGUAAGAGAACGCACAGAAAGAGAGCUAGAAAGUGUUGAAUAUAAUUUAAUUACAUUUAAAUUCGAUGUAUAAUAUGUUGUCAGAUUGUAACCAGUCCUGGAAAUCGCCCCCUCCAUAUGAAGACAAAAUGAGAAGAAAAUUCGUUUUAUUUGGGUUGAAAAGUUUUUAUUUACAUUCAUGAUAGGCAAAAAGAAAUGGGGGAAAGAAAGAUGAGGCCAAAAUCUUGAAAAAGAGAACAAUUUAACCAUAAUGUAUACAACUAGUUCUCAGGGACAAGCCAAUAAAAUAUUUUUUUCAUAGUCAAAGGACCUUACUAGUCCACAUUAUCAAGAGGAAUCUGAAUUCAGGAACAGAUAAAGCCAGUACAAGUAACACAAACAUAUUAUGCCUUAUUAUAUAAUCCUUUUUUGUCUUACAUGCAGAUGUUUAUAGUUUUAUGUUACAAUAGUUAAACAGGGAUAAUUUUUUAAACAGAUAUACUACAAACUAUAUCUCUCUUUUAUAUAUAUACACACACACACAAAGCAUAUUUUCCAUAGUUAUUGUUGACAGAUUCACUCUUUGUUCUGUUGGACAAAGUAAUUUUUUACAAUGUUGUUAUACUAGAUAACUAAUUCCUUUUACAAUUCUAUUGAAUACCAAAGAAGACUAACAUACUGGGUGCAUCACUUCUUUAAAUAGGUUUCUUUCAGUCAUUCAUCCUCAGUAAAGAAAACCCAUUUUACGCAAGUCAUAAUUGCCUUGUUAUAUACAUUACUAUUAUUUUAAAGCAGUAUCUAUACCUGAUCCAAGAAAGGAUAUUUCAUUUUAAACAAACCACUCCAAAAGAAUAAAUGUAGAUAAUUGGUUCAGUUUGUUUGUUGUAAAUACAGCCUAAUAGAACCAUCUGAUGAACGUACAAAGGAAACUAUACUUUUUAAGUCACAACUGGUUAUGCCUUUUGUAACUAGUUGUUGCCAAGAAUGAGUGAUGACCAUGAGGGGAGAGACGGGUGCCUGGAGAGAACUAGUUUCCCCUUAUUUCACCCAAAGAAAAGUAAAAUACUCUCCAGAACUGUUACAGGAAGUGAUAGAGCUAGGAAACUUGACAGGUAUGGAGGGACAAACAUUGAGGAGUUGGAAGAUGAAGGGUACAGGGGGAGAGAGAAGGACUUGCAAACUGAACAGUUGACAGGCAGUAGUGCUGGCAGCAGUAAUAUUGGCAUGAGGCUUCCAGUACCAGAAGUAGCCAGUGCUGAUCUCCUCAUGAGUCAGGGAUCAUCCGUUUCUUCAGGAAGUGGCCUUGGCCAAUAUGUACUGAACCCAUUUCUAGCCAUGGGCAUUCAGUUGCCACAGCUGGCCCUUCUGCUGCAGCAACAACAUCUUCAACGGCAGCAGCAGCAUCACCACCACCAUGAACAGAAGCAUCAACAACAACUUGGACAACAUACAUUGCACCAGCCAGCCACCACACCUGCCAUUGGUCAUUCACUGGCAUCAGACCAUAUACGUGAUAUUGCUCCUCCAUUAGAUCACAGCAAGACCUGGUCACAUAACAUUCCAGCUUUUCCUCAUCUUGGGAACAGUACCUCAACCAGAACUGCUGCAAAUCCAGUAUCUUUGGCUGGUGCCACCUCAAAUGUAGUAACAUCACAGAUCCGGCCAAUGGUGCAAGUGCCCAGAGAAAACCAACCAGUGCAAGCAAACAAAGACGAUUCAGUUUCUGGUAACAAUAGCAGUGCUAACAAACACCCAUUUGUAUGUGAAAUAUGCCGGCAGUGGUUUUUUGCAAAGGAAAAGUUCAUUAUGCAUUUAGUUAUGAAUCAUAACAUGCAUUAUUGUCGCUUUUGCUCAGAAUUGUUUGAUGUAGUUGAGAUGCGGGAUGUGCAUAUUGUGAGGACACACUUACCCUUACAAUGUGAUAUGUGCGAAUCUCAGCUUCCAAGUUCUGAAUCAUUGUCAGAACACUAUUUGAGUUCUCAUGAUGUACAAAGUUGUCUGUAUUGUGGAGUUCUGGUGCGCCCAAAAUCCUAUUACAGCACACAUGCCAGAAAGAAACACUUUAUUUCAAAUGAAGACAUGUUGGAAAGUGAAGCAAGAAUACGAAUUUUUCAAAAUUGGGGAACAGAAAUAGGCAGUGGUGGCUCUGUUUGGAACUUUACUUGUAACCUCUGCGGCAAAGAACGUAAGAGAAGUGAGACAUUUGGACAUUUCUUUUCAUAUCACCGUGUGUCGCUACCAUGUUUAAUGCAACUUUUGACAGGAGAAGGAGUUUCUAUUUCUGUGCAAGGCACGCCACCUACUUCCACUAGUUUUCAGCAUUCUGCAGAUGAAACUCCAUUGUCUGUAGUGCCAGAGUCUUCUGUUAUCUCAGGGAAUUCAUUAACUAUUGAUGAAAACCGAAGUAGUCAACUGUGCUGUAUUGUGUGUGGAAAUUCAUUUACACAGCUUGUGCCAAAGUCUGCUCAUGAACUUUUCUGCCGUGGACUGAGUGUGUGUCGUGUCUGUGAACAGGCGUUUCCAAAUGUGAUAGUGCGAAAUGCUCAUAUGCUUGGAGAACAUGGAAAGUUACCGUGCCGCAUCGGGUGCUCUCCAGAUUCAGCCAGUUUCUCUCAGGAUGUGGAAUUGUCAACACAUUAUUGGCACGAACACAAUAUUUUUGUCUGCACAUACUGCAAAGCUCUGGUGGCUGCUGAUAAAAAGCUUUUUGCGGAGCAUCUGAAAAGGGAACAUAAUUGCUUACCUGAUUGCCCUGCUUUGCAGGGAAAUGGUGUUGGGAAUGGGAUAUUCCAGUGCAGGUCUUCUAAAAUGAGUUUAUUUGUGUAUUGCACUCUUUGCGAUUUGGAUUUAACAACUAUCAUGAAAGAUAUUAAUCUCCUUUUUAAACACUUUCAGUAUCAUAAGAUUAGUGUUUCUGCUGCACUGGAGCUUCUUGAGAACCAUUCAACAUUCAGCAGUAAUUCAUUUCAACAUACAGAUGACAAAGGAGAACAACUUAGUGAAAACGAUACUUCAGUAAUUGGCGAUGAAUUUCAGACUAAUUCCAACAAAUUGCCUGCCAUAGACGAGAGAGAAAGAUUAGAGGCUUCAUCAAGAGAUGACAAAGAAAAAAACAAAUCUACACCAGACUUGUCUUCAUCUGUAACUGAUACUUCACAAAUCAGAGGAACUGAUGAUGUGUUCAAUGAUGACAUAUCAAAUGUAAGAGAAAGUAAUUCAACAUCAAUGGAUUCAUUUCCUAGAGUGAGUAUCAAAGAGAAACGGGAGUCUUGCAGGAGUAGUAAACAACUUAAAGCUAAGUUAAAUGUGGUAGAAGAAAGAGAUGAUGAAAGAAGUGGUUCAACCAGAGUAAAUGAUGAUGUAAUUGAUGACUCGUCUAGUGAUCUGCAGUCAUCAGAUGAAGAGUUUGGAAUAUCUGAGGCAGAUGCAAUUGAUAAUGAAUACACAGAAGAGGAUGAAAGCACAGCAACAGAGGAGCUCAAACCAGGAGGUGGCAGUAGUGGUGUAGGCAGUGAUAUUGCCGAAGCAGAAUUUGAUCCACAUGAUGUUGAAUGUGUGUUUACAGACACAAGUGAUGAUGAAUGUGAUGAUGCAGAGUGUUCACUAAACAUCUCUGUGAAAAGAGAACAACUUGAUGCACAAGAGAGAGAAACAGCACCGGAAAAUACUCUGGCCACAGCAGCUGGGACUGAUGAAAGCAGUGAUGUGCAGGUGAAAGUAGAAAAGGCAGAUCAAGGAGACCAGGAAAACAAAACCCAUUCACCACCAGCAGAAAUAAUGUGUGAAAUCUGUCAAGGACAGUUCGUCACAGAAGAUGGUGCACCUGAACUUGCACGCCACAUGAAUGUUUCGCAUGGAUUUGCAGUGUCUACCUAUGGUGUUCGUCAGUUCACAUGUGAUGUGAAUCAGUGUGGUGAAUCAUUUGGCUCCCAGACUGCUUUAGACCACCAUAUGACAAGAUUGCAUGAAGGACCACCUGCUAGUUCCAGUUCAGAAAGUACAAACGAAUACGGAUGUCCAUUUUGUGCUAUUCGAUCAUGUGUGAAAGCUGCUCUGCGCCAGCAUAUUUUCUCUGCCCACUCUAAAGAAAGCGCACGUGAAUCACCACCCCAAGAGCUCAGAUAUCAGUGUCGACAUUGCAACAUUGGAUUCUGGAGUGUAGAAGAGAGAAAUGACCAUCACGUUCUGAAGCAUGAAGACCAGAUUGAGAACUUCUACAAGUGCUGUAUCUGUCAGCGGGUGUAUGCCAGUAAGUUGUGUCUCAAUCGCCACAUGCGCCUGGACCAUGCAAGUGAGCAUCUGUAUUCAUCUCUGGCAUACAAAUGCCGUCUCUGCCUGACUCUCAUCCCAUCAACACUAAUGUUGCGCCAACAUUUCCGAGAAUGUCAUCCAUCAUCUCUGGUAUUCCACUGCCAUCGAUGCAACACCACACUCAAGACUAAGAAAACACUGAAAUGCCACAUAAAGAAUGUACAUUCAGAGGAGAGGAGAAGAGAUUGUGGCUUGUGUGGAAAAGUACUGUGGAGCAAACGAGCUUAUGCUAUUCACUUCCGUAUGAAGCACAGUGCUCAGUCUAAAGUUGGAUUCCGGUGUCGUAUUUGUCAACAACGCUUUGAUUCUAAAGAUGAAAGGAAACUGCAUUACCAAGUAGAUCAUUCAGGAGAAAGUCCAUACCAUUGUGCUGAAUGUGGCAAGGGGUUUGCCUCUAAAUCUGGAAUGUAUGGCCAUCGGCAGCUGCAUACUGGUUCUGGUAUCUCAAAGUGCGAGUAUUGUGGCAAGGAGUUCACUCGAAAGGACAGCUAUAACGAACACCUUCUCAUCCACAAUGGUCCAAGACAUAAAUGCCCUCACUGCCCAAAAGAAUUUGUACAAAGAUCAAACUUAGUCAGACAUAUAAGGAUACAUACUGGAGAAAAACCUUACAAGUGCCUCUACUGUGAGAAAUGUUUCUCUGACAAGGGAGCUUGCAACUCCCACAUUAGAGUACAUACUCGUGAAGAAACAUGUAGUUGUCCGUACUGUGGGCAGACCUUCUCAAAGAAACAGAAACUGAAGUACCAUAUCCGGAAACACACUGGGGAAGGUUUAAUGACUUGCGAGAUAUGCAAUAAAACAUUCACAAAUAGUUUUGCACUAAAAGAACAUCGUGUCAUCCACAAUCGGCAGACCCAAAUCCUAUGCCAGCAGUGUGGAAAGGGAUUCAACAGUGAAAAAUACCUCCAACGACAUGUGGCCAUAGUGCAUGAGCCGACAAAACUUUUUGCUUGUCCUUUGUGCCCUAAGGUGUUUUCACAGCACGGUCGUCUUAAGGCACAUCUGAUGACACAUACUGGUGUGAAGCACAUGAAGUGUCUGUUAUGUGAGAAAGCUUACUCUGUCCGGAAGUCAUUACGCAGACAUUUAUUGGAAAAACAUCAAGUUUCACCAGAACACCCACAGUAUAAAAACUGCUUCUAUGCAAUGUCGGCUGCAGAAGCGGGCUUACUUAUUCCAGAGGGAGCAGGUCCAUUUGUGCCCCCCGAUGAUGAUUCCACCAGUCAGUCAAAGGAAGAUGAAGAUUAUCAUCCAAAGAAACCACCACCUCGUAAAUUCCCUCGAAAAACACCUGGCAGGAAAGGACCAGGAAGAAGAGGUGUAACAAAGGGCUCUGCAGCAUUUGAAGUGUAUAACUCGCAGGAGGGUGGUUCACCGUCGGGUGAAGUAGGUGAAGUGAAGAGGACCCGUAGAAAAUAUAACACAAAAAAGAGGCAGAGAGAAGCAGCAGAGGCAGCUGCCUUGGCGGCUGCUGCAGCAGAGGGAGGUGUCACUGGUACAACAACAUCUGACUGUGCAAUUCCUGCCCUGUUGGAUGCGGAACCUGUAAGUCCAUCAUCAACAGAUGGACCAGCUAGGAGAACACGCCAGAAGUCAUCUCCGAAAGUAGCACCGCCGUUGAUCUUUCAUAUGGACUCCAGCAGCAGUGCAGAUGAAGCUCCUAAUUCUCCUCCUCCAGCUAAAAGAAAGGUAGGUAGGCCUCCCAAACGUCAACAGCCAUCUACAGCACAGAUGAAGAAACUCCAAUUGGCAGGCAAAAAGAAACGCAGGGUGGAAGCAAUUGUGGAGAUUCUUCAGAAGACUAGCAGUUCUCCAAGUAGUGCAAGUCCUAGGGAAGAGGAGGAAGACCGAAGCUUAAAAGGCUCAGAAAUGAAAUCUGAGUCCACAGAUAGAACUUAUCCAGACCCUGACAGUGAUGAUGCGCCAGUCUUGGCCAAAAUUUUGCCUCUUAAUUGUCCUCAGAAGCAAAGAAAAAGCUCAUUCGAAUCUCAGCCUAGUGUUUUCAGGGAGGAGGACAAGAUGUGUUAGUUUAGAAUCUUUAAAUAAUACAAUGCCAAAUGAUAGCAUAAAAAUUUUUGUUUCGGCAGACAUUUUUAAACAUCUUUUUGUAUUGUACCCAAAAAUUUCUUAAAUGAGUCUUUUCUUGUGAAUGUUCAUAAGAAAUUAUUGUGAUGUUUUAUCUUUGUCCCUGUUCAGAGAAGUUUGUUAUGGACAGGUGACAUGGUUGUGAAAAUUUCUUUGACAUUAUGAGCAGAGUGCAUAUUUGUCAGAUACAGUAGUAAUGAGAAAACAGACAGGUGCCAGUUACUAUCCAAAGCAUUUAUAGUAAAGAUGUUUGCAUUAUUUCAUUGUAGGAUAUAUUGCUUAUUCUGAUAUAUUUAGGAGGCUGCUGUUUGUUUUUAUGCUUAUUUUUUGUUUUCAGAAACUGGGAAAUGGAACUAUUUUGUAGCAGAUUUAAAGCUGUUAAUUUAUAUAUUGCUUGCAUUAUAUGUCAUUUAAGUACAUAACCUGUGUAGUAAUACCUUUCAGGUACUUAAGGAUUUUGUUAAAAUAUUUGACUGAUUAUCUUUGAAAUUUGUCACUUAAUGUCUAACAGUUAUUACAAAGUAAUACAGAACUGAAACUAUCACUGCCACUAGAGAUUGAUGAUAAUUAAUUCUGCAUAAGUAAAAUUUUUGAGCAGAAGUUGGGUGGAGCACUGGUCACGUUCUAUAACUUUUAGUUGUCAAAGGACAGAGAAAUUCCAGUUUACAUAGAUAAAAUAAUUAGAGAGUUUAUCAUUAACUGUUCUUUGUAACUUUCUCAAUAAUAUCAUUCAUAAUUUGAGGGAACACAGCUCAGGAUGGGAGUGCACUUUUCUAGACAAAGCAACGCUGACAGUGCAUAGCCAGUUUAUAGGGAGGCGGGAGAGGGUGGGGGGAGGGAGAGCUUGUGCAGUAAUGAGUUACUUGUGUACAGUUCAUUUUGCAGGGUCUUUUUACUAUCAUUCUUGUCAUACCACCUCUGUAAAGCAUGAUUUAAGUUGUGAUUGUCUUCAUCAGUUUUUCAUUUAUUUUCUUUAUUUUGUUGCUACUUCUCACUACUGAAAUACAUAACUUGCAGAGCAAUUCAAUGAAGUAAAAUUGGCCUUCGUAGUUACACAACAUUGUGACAUCAGAAAAUAUUACUUUGGUAGAACCUUAUUCCUUUGUGUCUGGCUGUUAGUGAAGUGGGAAGUGACUAUUUUCUGUUUAACUGGAAUUUUUACUUUCUCUGUUAGAGAUAGUAAUACAUUUUAACAUUUUAUUGUUGUUUCCACAUUUUUCUAUAACUCCCAGUAAUUUGUGGGGUAUUUCCUGUGUUCUCUUGACAUGAAUCUGAUGGGGAAACAGUUACAGCUUAGUGGUUCACCUCCUAAGAAAAGAACGAAGUUUUUUUUUAAUAUUGAGUUUGUAAAUUGCUUUAUUACAGUACAUGGGUAACCCUUCUGUGCAGUGCUGUAGAAAUCAUUUUAUUGCUGAAUUAGUCAGCAUAGUUUAAAAGAUUCGAGCAUUUUUGAUUUAAUGCGUCAGUGCAUUAUUUAAAAGUAAUGUGUAUGAUGCGGGGAAAUGUUUCUGCCAGGUUUAAGUUCUCUUUAUUAUUGUUACAGACAUUUAAAAUAAGACUGUUGCAUUUGUAAUACAAGUAAGGCAUGAUUAUGUAGUCUCUGUUGUCUUAUGUCAUAUACUUAUAGUAUUGUGGAUGUCUAUGUAAAAUAUGCAUAUGCACCACAUUGGUUUGUUAGCAUCUUCACACUCCUCCCUGAAAGCAGGACAAAAUACUUACGAUCUUCAAUAAGCAAUGACAUAUUUAUUUUAUAUGGAUCACUCAUUGUGCUAUUAUGUUAAGGCUCACACACACUGUCUCUCAUUUGUGUGUGGAAAUAUUAAAUGUUUUGUACAAUCCUGGCAAUGGAUGAAAUAGUAUUUGGCAAGCAAAUUCUGUUAUACUUGAAAGCGAUAACGUUUUGGACAGAAAUUGGCAUAAAACUGCUCAGUUAGAAACUUGUAUGUGAUUGUAUGUGCUUGUAUGUGAUCAUAUCUUUGUUUUAUUAGCCACAAAUAUCAGGCAGCGUGUGAUGUAUUUCAAGAGGGCUCGGAACAGUAAUAUCAAUUACAUCAAUAUUUACGUGAUAUUUUUUUAAUGCCCUAAGAAGUAGCAGUAAUACCAUGUGUUAAGUGAAGUGGUAUAAUCUCAAAAAUCUACUCGAAAUUAUCUUGUGGAACGGACAGUAGUCACAACAACAAAAGAGGAGGAAAAUCAUUUCAUUUAAGACUUUCUGUAUGCAAUAUUAGGAAAAAUCAAUUCUGACAUUUGAAUGUCAAAAAUAAUUUUUGUAUAUUCUGGUCGAUUGUAAAAAAAAUAACUUCCUAAAUAAUACAUUCCCCUGGUAUAGUAGUUUCUAAAAUUUCAAUUUUAGGUAAGGCUAGGAAUAUUCGUAUUUAGGAGGAAAUUGUAUGGAUAGUUUUUUUUAAAUGUUGAUAUCUUUGUGACUUCACAAAAUCUGAUUUUGGCAACAGAUAUUUUGGUAUAUGUGAGUGAACUGUAUUAAUGAUGAAAACAUUGUAUUAUCUUUAUAUAUCUAUCUUUCCAUUCUAAAAUAUGUACGGCCCUUAGAUGUGUUGACCAGUAUUUGUAAGAGGUAAUAUGUACAUGAUGCUCACCAAAUGACUACUCUUCUCUACUUAUUAUAAUGUAAUUAAUACCGAAUUAUAGUUUCAUGUAGUUUAUGCUCGAAGAACAAAACAGUGUUCUUUACUGCAGUAAAUUCGUAUAUACGUUUGUGACUGUAAAUCAUCAUCUCAUUCACAGUGAGCAGCUUUUCUGUACCUCGAUUUUGUGCCAGCAAAUACUGGGAAGAAUGCAGGGAAGGAAGAAUGAGCCUUCAUCUUAAGAUCGGAAUGUAGCUUUUUCUCAAAGAUAUUAGCAUCAUUUACAUAUUUUCCUCACAGUAAAUUUAUAGAAAUAAUGAAUUUUGUGUGGAAUGAUUGUUUUUGUUCUCACCUUUUUCCCCCAAUUUCUUUUGUUAUACUGUCAUUGGUUUGUUUACUCAGAGAUAAAGUUAAUAUAUCAAGUGACAUUUAGUUUCAUCGCAGAAACUCAUUGAAUCAAAUGUAUCAUUCUUUUUUAAAAUAUAUUCAUGUAAAUGCUGUUUUUUCCAGUGUGUAUAAACGAACAGGGGUACAGCUAGCGCAUAAGCACAUUACUUUUAAUGUUAUGUUUUAGACUCUUAUGGCUAAGUAUAAUUUAACCCAGUCGGCUUUCCAUUUUCCCCCUUUUUAAGUGUAUCAUAUCACUUAAGAACUGUUCAUUAGUUAUUAGUGUAUGUAUGUUUCAUACAUUCUCUUAUAUUGUAUAUUGUGGCUCAUGUAGGUCCAAGAAGUGCUGAUAAUUUUGCAUAAUGCUUAUUAGUAUUGUAAAUUAUAUUCUAUUGUAUGUUUCCUGCUGUAUGUGAUUUUCAGUACACAUAUUGUGCUAGCACUAAUAGGAAACAUAUGUUGUAAAGUGCAGUUCUAUUGACAGUCAUUGUGCAUACUUGACAUCUGUGUGAACUUAUUACAGUUUCUCUCUUAGCUCGUCAUUACUAAAGCCAUGAGUUGCAUUUGCAGUUCUGUGCUAUUUAGAAACUUUUAAUGGUCAUUUUUUAAUAAUUUGAACAGUAUUGGGGAAAUGGGGAUUUCUGUGCGAAUGACUGACCAAAGUAGCAAUUAUUAUUAGUUUUGCAAAUAUAUUACAGCACUAAAGCUUCUGUCAGCUUACCCUAUAUUUUUACUGAAAGAUACAUUCAGCUUGAAUCAUUAUAGUUCACAUGAAGCAGGCUUUUACUGUUUAGUGUUGUGUGAUAGGCAGGUAGGCAGCCUUCUUGGAACUAAAAUGACUGCAGGUAUUCAACCAUUUAUAAUAGAAACUAACAAGGUAUUUUUAACACUACAGAUACAAUUGACUGAUGUUUACAUAAUAACCGGGUAUAUUUUAUAAAUACAAUUUGUUACCAACAGAAUGCAGGUCUAUUUCAGCAAUACACUCACACACAGGUAUUUUAUGAUAUAUGCAAGGUGGCUACUGUGUUUAUCUGUCUGACCUCUUUACAGCAGAAUAUAUUGGUUUUUGUAGAGUUGUUGUUGGUUCUGUUGAUACUUUAACUGUUCAGUUGGCUGACAAAAUACAUGGAUGAAUAAUAUAUAUUUAGAUAUAUAAGAUAGUGUUGUUUAUACAAGAGUAUACAGCUAUAACUGUGUUACUGAUUCACAGAUUCAUUGAGACACAGCAACUCAUAGAAGAGUUGUCACAGUUUUCUUGCUUCAUUGUUAUAGUACCAGACCAAUUUCACGUGUAUUUAUGAAUUCUCAGAAGUAUCUGACUUAUUUGUGUGGUGAAACAGUUUGGUUACUGACAGGAUUGAAUUUAUCAGAAGUAAUGAGACACAGAAGAGAGUACUAUUUUUUGAUGUUGAUAUUUAAAUAAAUAGUACAGUAAAUGACAUGUUUGAGAAAUAUUUCUUGUUACUUCUGAUAAAUACCUUUGUUCUUACACUCACAGUGAGAUGAAGUGGUUAGAUUCUGUUAUUUAAGAAUAUAUUUAUAUGUACGUGUAUAUAUAUAUACCUCAUGUUACCUGCUCACCAGGUAACUUACGCAUUGUGAUAUCAAACGUUCAUUUGAACGAUUCUUGCAAUGUACUUCCUGCAGUAUAAAUAAGUUUAUUUGCAGCUAUAUUAUGACAUUGUUUUAAAGUCAGCCCAUUCUGAACAGGAUGCCAGGUCCAUAAUCAUAUAUUACAGUUACAUGCCAAUACAUAGAAGGCGGCAGGUGCAGUUUAUACACAGGCUUUGCUGAUUUAUAUUGUUACAGAGAUAAAGUGUAGUGUGACUGACCUUUUUAUCUUGUAACAGUAUUGAGCAUAAAGGAGAUAGUGAAUGUUGUCAUCCAGCAAUAAUAUUUAUAAGAGAAGAUUUUUGAUACUCAUUGGAUUUCAGCUGUGACUUUUUGCAAGGCUGUUGUUCUGAUAGUAUGAAUUUAGUGACAGGCAUUUGUAAGUAACUAUUUUAUUUACAGGACUUUAAUAUUGCUAUACCAUAGAUAGUUUUACAUGUUGUUUGAAUGUCAUAGUAAGCACUUAGUGACGAAAUGGGUUUUUUAAUCACGGGGUUGUUAUAUUACAGAUCAGCAUAUCCUGUGUUUUACAUCUGUUGCCUGCAAAAUAUUUUAUAUAUUGUAUAUAGCAUUCAAUGUAGAUAAAUAUAUAUAGAUCUAUAUUUAUACAUGUGCAUUUCUAUGCUAAUAACUGUUCAUUUAUAAGGAAAGAGGCUGGAUAAACAUAGUGGUCACCUUAUUCUGGAUAUAUUAUUUUGUUGACAGUUAACACAUUGCAGUUUUUCUUACAUGAACUGUUUCUACCUCAAGCCAUACAGAUAUACCAAUAGAUUAUAAAGCCAAGUAAAUAAAUGAAUGAUUGUUUUUAUUCUUGUUAUUGUGUAUCUUUUUGUGCAUUGUGCAUAAGCCAUUAUGUAAAUCAUUGUCAUCACAUUUUCCCUGUGCUAUGCUGCAGGUGAAAUAUUUUCAUCCCAUUUAUUCAUGUGUCUUACUGUUAAUCUUUUUUGAUAUUACUGUGUUUUUAUGGACAGAAGACAGCUGAUUUUGCAGCUGUAUUUGGUUUCAUAAAUUCAUAAAUGGGUUCCUCUUUUUCUGGAGCUCAUUUUCACAUUUUUUAUUUAAUGUAUAGUAAAGCUAAAGUGUAAACUUUUACAACCAAAAAUUAUUUCAUUAUUGGGAACACCUAAAAGCAUUUAAUACACAUAGAAUAUGUAAGUUUGGCAGAAAGUAGUUUUACUGUGGGAACAGCUGAGGAUUGACGAGUUCUUUAUGUGCGAUUUCUUGAGAGACUACAUAAAGUUGACUAGUUUUGUUGAAGUAGUACACCUGAACUGCUAGACUGGUCACUUAAAAUAGCCAUAAAAAUAUGAGUAGCUAAAUUUUUUUGUGUAACUAUUUGAUUAUUCUUUGCUUCUCUUCACUGAAUUGGCAUUACUACUUGAAUGUUAAAAAUUAUUGCUUAAUUUCCUGUCUGAUGACUGUCUCUUUUUCCCACCACACCUUCCUUUUGUUUACAUUUCAUAAACAUUGUUGCAGACAGUAUCUAAAGUCUGAAGUUUUGGAGUUGUGCACAUAAAUUUUCCAUUUUUGUCUUAUUUUAUAUUUUUCUAGUCUUUUGCCUCAGCCUGAAGUGAAGCAAAAGUUUGGGAUCUGGACUGUGAUACAUACGUAAGAAAUUAUUCAUAAGAAUAAUAUUUGAGUAUGUUGUUGCUUCAUUCCUAUUCAUGAAUUGUGGUAGCAAUUUUUCUCUUUAACUGUCAAGUCUCUUCUUUUUUUUUAAAAAAAAAAAAAAAAAGAUAGGUGUGUUACUGUUUAGUAUGCCAUUCACGUGAAGAGAGGUAUCUCUCAGUUUAAAAAUCAUAUUUUUAUGGUCACCAAAUGACAGACAACAAUGUCAAAGAAUUCUACUUUUGCUUUAUCAUGUGGAUGUGGGUGCCCACAAACAUCUCUCGUGGGUGGGGAUUGGGGGGGGGGGGGGGGGCGACUGCAGGACUCUAUAAUUGUCAUUUUUGUAAACGAGGUACAAGUUAUACAGCAACUGGUAAAGCACUGCAGUCAGGCAUGUAGUGCUACAAUUGGCUAAAUGAAAAUUUAGUGGAAUUUUGGGAAAUAACUUCUAGAAGUGUAUGAGGAAUAAAAACUCUGUACACUAGAUUCCAGGAGGAAGCAAAUGCCCCCUCUUGCCACCUCCCUGGAGGCUAGCUUGAACAAAUAUGCUGCACCUAAAACAAAUAGUGUGCCUCACAACUUUGGUGCCAUUGAUUCACUAUACUUUCAUGUUUCUUGUAGAGGAACCUUUUGCUCCCUGUCACUUCCCCUCCCUUCUCUUUCCUUCCAUUUUUUGCUGUUUACAACCAUACACACAGCUGAUAUUUGUAUUCUGUGAAACUGUGCAAACAAACAUUAUUCCAUAAUUGUUCUAAAUAUACCUGUUGAUAUGCAAUAAAUAUAAAUUAUAAUUUCAUACCACUACCUGAUUUAAUGUGCAGAAGCUUCUUUGGAUUUAAGCAUGGUCAUAAUUUACUGAAGUUACACUUUUUUUAAAAAAAAAAAAUAUAUUUACCAUGGUGGAUUUAUCAUAUUAUUGGGACUGCUUCCCGUAACUGUACUCGUUGAGGCCUUCAAAGGUUUAGGUUGAUUACACUCCCCUUACCCCCCCCCCCCACCCCAAAUGCUUCCUGUGUGUAAAGAAAGUAUUAUACUUUGACGUUUCUGUAUCGCUCAAAGGUGGAGUUUUGUUAACUUUUUAUUUGUUCUGGUGGGAUUGUAUUUCAAGAAGUGAAGGUAAAUAAGUACAAAAUCUGUAACAAAACAUUUUUUUUUUAAUACUAAUGUGAGUAUAUGGUAUGAUCUUCUAUUUCAUGGUCUCUUAUUACAUAUUUGCAGAAUAUAUGUAUAUGUUAUAUGUGAAAUCAGCUUCUGUCUUUUGCAUAAUAUAUUGCAACAACAUGUUCUACAAAGUGCCAGUAUGAGUGGGUAGGGAAAAUGUAUAAAAUUUUAUUGUUGUAAGUUUAUUUUUCUUACUGUAGUUAUGUUUUAUUGUUUUUCCCUCAGUGUAUGAAAUUGAAAUCUUCAAGUAUUAAAAGGUCAUCUUCUAAAUGUCAUAAUUGGCAUUGAAUAUUUACAGAAAAAUAAAUGUAGUCAACAAAAUGAAA